CCACUGCCUGCUCACAGCAGAAAAUCCUUACACCUUCCAGGAGCUAUCAUUAGACAAGGGGCCAUUGGAUUUUUUCUGACCUGAAAAUGAACUUUAUGAGAAUUUUUCUAAUCAAGAGCCUGCUGCUUUUGUUUCCGAGUGUAAAAUGCUCUGUCACCAACUGGUUUUAUGUGGCAGUGAAUGAGUCGGCUCUUCUCAGCAUCACUGCUGCUGGGAGUGUAUAUGAUGCAACAUGGAUGAAAGACAGAAAAAGAUUGCUUCAGAUAAAAGACAGGAAAGUUAAGUACUAUGUCAAAAAGGAGCAGUGCAGGUGCAAGAUAUUCCUAAAUGGGACUCUGCAGAUAGAGCAGGCAGUGAAAGAGGACAGUGGAAAUUACACGGUGACUGUUUACGGGCAGGACGGAAAACAGAAGGCAGAAGAACAUACAGUGUUCAUCGUUCAGGGGCCUGUCCCUCAGCCAGUCCUCAGUGCUGAAUGCAUGAACAAAACUGUAUUUGUCAAGUGUGAAGUGAAGCAGAAGGCUAAAGAUGAAACGUUUAUAAUAGAACUGACUCAAGAUAAAAGCAAGAAGAUACAAAAGAAUGCAACAAGUUUGGAAUUGCACACGCGGCAUUCUGGGAUGUUCAGAUGUGUUGUUAAGAACCAAGUCAGUGAAAAAAUGGUUGAAAAAGUAACUAAGUGCUCAGGCCAGCUGGACCUUUAUCUCAUCUUAAGCAUAGCAGGAGGUGCAGUCUUCUUUCUCAUCUUCAUGAUUUUACUUAUUUAUUGUAUCAGGAGGAAGAAAGCAGAAAGGCUGGAAGUUGAUGGAGAGGAGCACUUGGCGCAGGUGCGCUCCAUGGACAGUGAGAUGAUGGUGAGGGAGCUCUGGCAGGCGCCGUGUAAUCCCACCCCAACGCAGCAGCGUGUGCAGCAGCGGCCGCUGCCGCAGCCCCAGGUACAGCAGCGAGCACUGCCCCCACGGCCCCGGCCCCGCACUCAGCAGCGGACUCCAAACCACCCCAGAGAGAGACCUUGAACGUCUGCCCCGGGAGGGACAGUGGCCUCUCUGCUCCACGGGGCACUAGGAAAAGAAAGCUUCCAACAGUAAGGAAUCCCUCCCUCCCAGCCUUGCGAAACACUCAGCUAUGAAAUGGCAGCUUUUGUUGCAGAAAAUUAGAGAGAGCCUCAAAUGGAGAUGAAGAGACCCAGUGGAGGAGAUUCAAGGUGAUGGGCAUUCAUCCCUGUGGACAUUUUUCUUCAAAGGUGUCUCUCCAUGGUAGGGUACAGAGCAUUGAGCCUUGAAACCCGUAUCUUUCUGUGGUUCACUUGUUUUUACUGUACCUUGUUGUCUUCGUGCCUCUUGGAUGGAUUAUACCAAGAAGAAGCUAAAGCCCUACUGAGACAAUAUGGGCCUAAGAUCUUACUGGGUUUUGUCACGUAUCGUUUGUUUCUCCUGCCACACAUUCUCCUGCCAUGGCUUCAGGAUCAAAUGCAUGACUGCCUGGGUUAAAAAAUAAUUGUAUGUAAUUAAAUGCUUGUCUGAAGCUGAUAGAAUUGCUGUCAUCAGAGAGAAGAAGAUACUGAAGGGAGAUGUGGGAGCUUUGAAGGACAACCGUUUGUGGAAAAAUGCAAGUGAGAAAGAAGUAAACUUUUCACUUUCUCUACCAUGGCUUAAAUUGCAGGGAAGGUUAAGUAAUGUGUGGUUUUUUGUUUGGUUUGGGGUUUUUUUGUUCCAAAUGAAGCACUGAAAUAAAUUUCUGGGAGAGGAUUUCCAGCACUGGGGGUUUCAAACAGCGGAUUAAGCAUUCUCAUCCUGCUGAGGCCCGGGGAACAUGCUGGAUGGCCUCUUCAAGGAAUAUUUCAGCUCAAGUUUUCUGUGACUCCUUCCUUACAAAUAAAAUUAAACUUUAUUCUCAGGAUA